GCUGCUCCUGGUGGUGGCUGCUGGUCUCUUCGGUGGCCACUGGUGCACCGAGGCGGCUAACAUUCUGCUCGUGUCCACUUUCCCUGGUAUGAGCCACUGGUUGAUGUUCGAGCAUGUCAUCAACGAGCUGCUGCAUCGGGGCCACACAGUCACAGCCAUCACUAGCUAUCGUUUGCGAUCGGCCGAUGAGUAUCGGGAAGCGCAGCGCUAUCGCGAGGUGCUGAUCGAACCGAUGUACGAUUUCGAGGCGAACGGACUGCCGAUGGAUGAGUUCUUUAAGUCACCUUCGUUCAGCAAUCCCUUCUUCAAGAUGUCCAUCCUGUGGAAGCUAGGGUUGGAGACGAGCGAACAUGCGUUCGAGAGUGAGAACGUGCGUGAGUUCUUGCGCACCGAGGGGCAGCGCUUCGAUCUGUUGAUCGCCGAGGAGUUUGUCCAGGAGAGCUUCCUGAUGCUCGCCUACCAGUACCGUGUGCCCAUUGUGACGAUCAACACACUCGGGCAGACGGAUUUCCUGGAUCAAUCUUUCGGCAUGCUGACACCGUGGUCUCACGUGCCACACUUUAUGCUGGAGUUCGAGAACGACAUGACGUUGCAGGAGCGCGCGUACAACGUGUUCCUGUCGCUGUGGGAUCUGUUCAAUAGGAAGUACUACUAUCUACCAGCUCAGACGGCGCUUGCAAGGAAACACUUUGGCCAUCUGGAGGCAACCCACGGAGCUCUGCCUUCUCUCGUGGCUCUGGAGCGGAAUAUCAGUAUUGCGCUGCUCAAUACACACAUCGUCACCACGAAACCGCGUCCUCGGAUCGAUCGUAUGGUACAGAUUGCGGGGCUGCACAUUCGUCCACCGAAACCCUUACCGAGCGAGAUAAAGACUUUUCUCGACUCCGCCACCGAUGGUUUCAUCUACAUCAACUUCGGUACGUUCCUUCGCAGCUCGGACAUGCCACAGACAACACUCGACGUGUUCUUAUCGGUGUUCCGCAACCUAGCGCACUAUCGGUUCCUGUGGAAGUGGGAAGCAGCCGGCGGGAUUCCGAAUCUACCGCCGAACGUGAUGCUACAACGCUGGCUACCGCAGAACGACGUACUGGCCCAUCGGAAUCUGAAGCUGUUCGUAUCGCACGGUGGCCUAUUCGGUACGCAGGAGGCCAUCUACUGGGCCCGGCCCGUUCUGUUUAUGCCGUUCUACGGUGACCAGCAUCAGAACGCACACAAGUUCGAGAAGGCUGGACUGGGGUUGACGCUGAGCAUUAUCAAUGUUACGGUUGAGGGGCUGCAGUCGACGAUGGAACGGAUUCUCGACGACGUAUCGUUCCAGCAGCAGGCAAAUCGACUGUCAGCCAUCUUUCGGGACAACCCAAUCGAACCGCUUAGUGCGGCCGUCUACUGGAUCGAGUAUGUUGUGCGGCAUCACGGGGCACCGCAUAUGAAAUCGGGUGUAGAGGAGCAACCGUGGUGGGUUUAUACGAUGGUGGAUCUAUGGUUGUUGGCUGUGCUGUUCGUGUUAAUCGUUUUGUGGGUCGCUAUAGUGGUAGUCAGGGCAGUGGCUGACCUGGUUGGCCUACGUCAGCAGCGCAAGAUCAAGGUUAAAUAGUUAAGGGAGCCACGAUGGUGCUACUGUUUUGAGAUGAUUACCCUUUUCAACGAACGCAAUAGA